CAAGCUGCAGACACCAGGCUCAACCUGCCCGGAGGGAGCGCAGCACACGGCUACCUGUAGCUCGGGACGUACGUCCCCUCCCGGGAUCCAGCACUUCUUCUCCCUGCCAGCCUCACAUCCAGCCCAGUCACACCCCGGACUCGGACCCGUGGGAGCCUAGGGACAGCGCUCCGGGCCCGGAGCUGGUGAUAUGUAGGGUCACCUCCUGGUCCAGCUUUGGAACCUCGGCAGACUCCUUGCUUGGAAAGUUUGGGACUGUGCGCCAUGGCCAAGAGCGGCUCGUUGAGUAUUCGCGUGGUGGAGGGACGGGCACUGCCCGCCAAGGAUGUGUCUGGGAGCAGUGACCCCUAUUGCCUGGUGAAAGUUGAUGACGAGGUUGUGGCCAGGUCACCCACUGUAUGAGGCGCUAGCCCAGCACCCCUCUUGCAGGACAGCUACCAUUUGGAGGAGCCUGAGCCCCUUUUGGGGGGAGGAGUACACUGUGCACCUGCCGUUGGACUUCCAUCACCUGGCCUUCUACGUGCUGGAUGAGGACACCGUUGGACACGACGACACCAUUGGGAAGAUCUCCCUGAGCAAGGAAGCCAUCACAGCUGACCCUCGAGGGAUUGACAGCUGGAUCAACCUGAGCCGAGUGGAUCCAGACGCCGAGGUACAGGGCGAGGUCUACCUGGCUGUGCAGCUGCUGGAGGACGCUCGGGGUCGAUGCCUCCGCUGCCACGUGAGACAGGCCAGGGACCUGGCCCCUCGGGACAUCUCUGGCACGUCAGACCCAUUCGCGCGUGUGUUUUGGGGCAGCCAUAGUCUGGAAACCUCGACAAUCAAGAAGACCCGCUUCCCACACUGGGAUGAGGUGCUGGAGCUGCGGGAGACGCGGGGGACCGCUUCCCCGCUGCGAGUGGAGCUCUGGGAUUGGGACAUGGUGGGCAAGAACGACUUCCUGGGCAUGGUGGAGUUCACCCCACAGACCCUUCAACAGAAGCCACCCAACGGCUGGUUCCGCCUCCUGCCCUUUCCUAGAGCUGAGGAUUCUGGGGGAAGCCUGGGCGCCCUGCGGUUGAAGGUGCGUCUCACUGAGGACCGCGUCCUGCCUUCCCAGUGCUACCAGCCUCUCAUGGAUCUGCUUCUGGAGUCAGUACAGGGGCCGGCCGAGGAGGACACCACCAGCCCCCUGGCUGUGCUGGAGGAACUGGCCUCUGGGGACUGUCGUCAAGACCUUGCCACCAAGCUGGUGAAGCUCUUCCUGGGCCAGGGCCUGGCCGGGUCCUUUCUAGACUACCUCACAAGACGUGAGGUGGCUCGGACUAAUGACCCCAACACCCUCUUCCGUUCUAACUCCUUGGCAUCCAAGUCGAUGGAACAGUUCAUGAAGCUCGUGGGCAUGCGCUACCUGCACGAGGUCCUGAGGCCGGUGAUCAGCCGUGUCUUCGAGGAGAAGAAAUAUAUGGAGUUGGACCCUUGCAAGAUGGACCUGAACCGCUCCCGGAGGAUCUCCUUCAAGGGCACACCCACGGAGGAGCAGGUGCGGGAGACCAGCCUGGGGCUGCUGACCGGAUAUCUGGGGUCCAUCAUGGAUGCCAUUGUGAGCUCUAUAGGGCGCUGCCCGCUAGCCCUGCGCCUGGCCUUUAAGAAGCUGCAGCAGCGUGUGGAGGAACGCUUCCCCGGGGUGGAGCAUCAGGAUGUGAAGUAUCUGGCGAUUAGCGGUUUCCUAUUUCUGCGUUUCUUUGCACCCGCCAUCCUCACACCAAAGCUGUUUGACCUCAGAGACCAGCACGCAGAUCCCCAGACCAGCCGCUCCUUGCUGCUUCUCGCCAAGGCUGUGCAGAGCAUUGGGAACCUGGGCCAGCAGCUCGGCCAGGGCAAGGAGCUGUGGCUGGCCCCCCUCCACCCCUUCCUGCUGCAGAGCAUCUCACGUGUGAGGGACUUCCUGGACCAGCUGGUGGAUGUGGAUGGGGCUGAGGAGGCUGGGGGGCCAGCCUGUGCCCUGGUCCAACCUUCGACAAUUGUUCGGGAAGGCUUCCUGCUGAAGCGCAAGGAGGAGCCUGGAGGCCUGGCCACACGCUUUGCCUUCAAGAAGCGCUACUUCCGGCUGAGUGGGCAGGACCUCUCCUACUCCAAGACUCCAGAGUGGCAGGUUCACUCAUCCAUCCCAGUGUCCUGCAUCCGUGCCGUGGAGCGCGUGGAUGAGGGUGCCUUCCAACUGCCCCACGUCAUGCAGGUGGUGACGCAGGAUGGCACUGGGGUGCCACACACCACCUACCUCCAGUGCAAGAAUGUGAAUGACCUCAACCAAUGGCUGUCGGCCCUGCGUAAAGCCAGCGCGGCCAACCAGGACAAGCUGGCUGCCUGCCACCCUGGUGCCUUCCGCAGCGGACGCUGGACCUGCUGCCUCCAGGCUGAGCGCUUAGCUGCUGGCUGCAGCCGCACGCACUCAGCCGUCACACUGGGAGACUGGAGUGACCCACUGGAUCCUGACGCCGAGGCCCAGGCGGUGUAUCGCCAACUGCUCCUGGGGCGGGACCAACUCAGCAAGCAGCAGAGAAUCUUGGGUAGGAGCAGCACUGUGCCUUGGAAACCAGCUUUGUCCCUUUUCCUCACAACCCUAAGGCUGAAAUUGCUGGAGGACUCCAGCCUGGACACAGCAGUAGACAUGGGCCCUGGGAAGGACUCAGAUGCCACAGAUGGGGCCCGCACAGAGGUUCUGGCCCAGCAGAGAGAUGCCACCAUCCAUCUGCUGCAGGUACUUGAUGACUUGGAGCAAGCCCACAAGGAGUUCCAGAAGCAAAUGGCCCUCUAGGAUGCUGGAUGCUGAGGAGGUGGAGCCAUGGGGGCCUCCUCAGUGUACUCUGGCCCAGGCAUCUCCUCGAGGCUGCCUUCUUCACUGCUGUGGCCUGAAGCCUCCCAGACAAAGCCUGGUCCUGUGUGCCCUGUGGCCAGCCAGGGCAUGGGAGCCUUUGGCAGGGCCCAGUCUUGUAUUGACCACACCUCGCUUUCUUCUCGGAGCCCAGUCUCCACUUUACUGGGUGCACCCUGAGCUGCUGGACACAGCUGUGCCGAGGGCUUUCCUGACUGUCUCGGAAAAGCCCUAAAUAAGCUUCUUCCUGUUUCCACUUCUGUGAGUCUCAUGAUCUCACAGAUACUUCUGUAUCCCCCUCGCCCCCAUCUUAUUUGGCGGCCCCAACCUCAGGUUUCUGAAACCAGUUUUUUCCAGAAUGGGCUGAGAGCCCAGCAUGCCAAUUCAGAGCCUUGACGCUGGUCACAGGUUCUUUCUCCCUCUCUGAGCCUCAGUUUACCCUGUAUAAAGUGACGAGUGAGUGUGCUUAGCUGUGAAGUGUUAAAAUUGGGGUACCCUAGGGGGUCCAUGAGAUUAUUGACUAUAAACAUAAGUUCCCAGGUC